CAGAAUAUCCACUUUGCUUGAUAGGGACUCACAGAUUCUUGGAGCUUUAUGCUAAAGGGUGACAAUCUACAUCAGUUAGAGUUUACUGUGAACUUGUCUGUAAAGUAGUGAUCACAGCAGCCUGAGCACUUGAUGCACUGAGAACCCAUAGAAGGUGGUGUGUGCAGGUCUACAAAGAAACUUCAGGUCACCUUCCUAAGCAAAGGCAACCGAGGUGAUACACAAGAUGAUUGUGCUUUGUGAAUCCUGGAAGCUGCAGAUUCUCUAUGAAUCCUUAGAAAAACACAUCCCUGAAUCUUUGAAGGUAUAUGGAACCAUUUUCAACAUCAAAGAGAAAAACCCUUUCAACCUGGAGGUGCUGGUGGAUGCCUGGCCAGAUUACCAGAUAGUCAUUACACGGCCUCGGAAAGAGGAGAUGAAGGAUGAUCAGGAUCAUUAUACCAACACUUACCAAAUCUUCACCAAAACUUCAAACACAUUAGAGGAAGUCCUGGCAAACCCUGAAGUUAUCAACUGGGAACAAAUCUUCCAGAUCCAAGGCUGCCAAGAGAUUGUGGAUGCAGCAGUAAGAAAAAUUGCAGCUUCAAAAUCUGUACAGGUAGAUUCCACCAAUACCAGACUCUUUCCCAUUACCGUACCACCAAAGUUCAAGAUGAUGAGUGAUGACAAGACGAACUGUAUGGAAAUGAUCAACAUGGUUGAAGAGAGCAAAAAAGAAAGUUUUCUGAACAUCUUCCUGGAUACCUUCCAUGCCAAGCUUGUGAAUGAGCAGUGGGACUAUGGGAAAAAUGAGAAGAGUUUAAAAUAUAUUAAGCGCUGCCUCCAGCAUUUUCCAGGAUUCGGGGUGCUGGGUCCAGAGGGGGAUCCCAUCUCUUGGCUUGUGACGGAGCAAUCCUGUGAGUUAAGAAUGGGUUAUACGGUGCCUAAAUACAGAGGCCGAGGUAACAUGUGGCAAAUUGGUUAUUGUGUUAUAAAGUACCUUAUUCAGAAAAAAGUGCCAUUCUAUUUACAUGUGGCAAAAGAUAAAGAAAGAAACCAUGAAUUACUGAAGAGCUUUGGGAUUGAGGAUUCUUGUGACUGGUACCAGUGGAAAUGUAUUCCCAAGAAAUAUUGUUGAUUGGGGCCACUGUCCAUUGUGAACUCCAAACCUUUCUUAAUAGGGUGUUUAGGGAAAUCAGUCAGUAUAAAUACGACAUGAUAAUCCACAUGAACACAGAAAAAACACCCUUAUCAGAUAGCUAUUCAUUAUUUAAGCAGACCCUUAUAGAAUAAAUUCCCCUUCCUUCUCCUCAUGUUAAAGGGAAUUAGAAACUUUGGCUUCAUAGUUUUCCUUUAUGGUGAUCACCAUCUCUACAUUAGAAUCACCCACUGUGAACUGUAACUACAAUUAGUAGGGUGGGGUGGGGGUAGAUAGCAUAAUGGUUAUGAAAAGAGACUCUCAUGCUUGAAGCUCCACAGUCCUGGGUUCAGUCACCCGCACCAACAUACAUUGGAGAUGAACGGUGCUCUGGUGAAAACAAACAAACAAAACGCAUUGCAAUUAGAGUUAAAUCAUUAGUAAAGGACUUCCUUUACAAAUAACAUUUUUUUCUGAUUUGAAGAAUUUUCAUGUUUCUAUUCAUAAAAAUCAGACUUCUGCCUGGAAGAUAGUCUCCUCUGGCCACCUCUCCUUCCUCCCCCACAGCUGUCCAGAGGAGUUUUUAAAAGUUCUUGGUAUCAUAGCCGUUGAUUCUGAGAAUCCUUUAAAGAGAUUUGGAAACAGCUCAGUGAAUUAAAACUAUGUGACUAUCAAUGAAAAGAUGCAUUUUUAUUAGUGAUUUAAUAAUGAUCAACAAGACUGUGGGAUAAGAGGAGUGCAAUUCCAUACAUUUCCCACCACCACAGUGCCAUAUCCUAUCCCCUCCAUUGGACACUUCCUUAUUCUUUAUCCCUCUGGGAGUAUGAACCAAAUAUCUUUAUGGGGUAUAAGAGGUAGAAAUACUGGCUUCUGUAAUUGCUUCUCUGCUGGACUUGGACAUUGACAGGUUGAUCCAUACUCUCAACCUGUUUCCAUCUUUCCCUAGUGGGAUAGGGCUCUGGGGAAGUGGGGUUCCCAGGACACAUUGGUGAGGUCAUCUGCCCAGGGAAGUCAGGUUGGUAUCAGGGAAGCCUCUACAACUUGGUGACUGAAAAUCACUAAGAUAUAAAACAGAACAAAUUGUUUAAUAAUCAGGAACCUAAAGGUAAGAAUAGAGCAGAUAGAACUAAGGCUCUUCAUAUGGGGAGAAGCUAGGAAGGUAUAGUUCAUGGGGCCUGUGACUUUACUAAUUUUGGCCUGAGUCCCACAGAUAAUAUGCAGGUGGUUUAGAAGUAUUGUCUGGGAAGAUGGUGUCAGAGUUGAAAAUAGGACUAGAAAGCUAUAUCAGGGCAGAGAGUAGCUUUCAGAUAUGGAAAAGUACAUAAGUGCAGUUAACUGUAAACCCCACUGAUCUGACCUGGCAUCCAUGUCUAUUCAUACUUGGCACAGGAGCCUGUGUAACCUCUGCAUCCUUGUCAGUCUGAGCACAGAGUUUUUUGACCAACCUUUAAUCACAGGCACUUGGCAGGUUGAGCUGGGAAGCUUAAUUUCAUAUUCUCAAUACUAUUUUCAUAUUAAUGCUGUAAUAGCUUAUCAUUGUAAAAAAACACAAAUAGAGUGACUAAAAGCAACAGAAAUGUGUUAUCUAUGUGCCUGAAAUGUACAUAAUAUUAUAAAACAAUAUUACUUCAAUAAAAGCUUGAUUUAAAAU